AUGCCGCUCCCUGCUGUCUAUCUCUGUCAGAACUGUCCUCUGGUUGGAGGUGGUACCCACCGUGUAGCCAGAAACAAACGAGUGCAUCAUCUAGCGGAUAUUGGAUCUUUUCUGGAGGAGACAAAUCCCGAGCCCUUUGUACCUCGCGCUGUGGAAUCUGAAAGAGAGAUUUCUGUCCAAUCCGAGCAUGAAGUUCUCGUUGAGAUGGCUAGUGCAUUGCACAUGAACGCAGCCGCUGUCGACGAUGCAGAUGCGGAGAUCGAGAGACUAGCCAGUCUUUUCACCGGUCUGGUUGUGCUGGACGACGGAAUCAGUUCGCAACGGGAUGCACACUCGAAGCUUUUCAGCUCGCGAAACGAUUUCCAAGCCACUGUGCCUGAAGUUCCUACAACUUUUACGCCCGUUCCAACUGCCGAAGCAGUCUUGGGCAUCAAGGCUGUUAUUGAGACCCUUCGUCCCGCAGAAGCGCAGUCCAACAAGAUCAACGCAAAACUUCUGCAGGAGACGCUAGAGCGUAUCCGCACUACCCGGGCCACACUCAAUUUCCAAUCUGCUGUCAAUGCAGGCCUGGAGAGUUUACCAGCAUUGACUGAUCUUGUUGACUCUGCGUGUACUGUCGUUCUUGAGGCUGGGCGUCUUCUCUCCAGCCUGAAGCUCAGCGCAUCCCAUGGCACGACGCCCAGGGCCAGGUCUCGAGCACGUGAUGUUGGUAACGAGGCGUUAGCAGCUCUAGUGAAGGAAGAAGCGGCAGCUCUGGACAGGCUCAUUGACGCUUUUAGUGGUGCCCUGCCAACACCGGCCGAUGAAGUGGUACACGAUACUGAGCAUCAUUUCGAAAAUCCGAUCGCCAAAUCUGAUAUAGUAGCGCAACUCUCUAUACUUCUAGCUCUCAUCUGCCAUGUGAUCGUCGGCAUCAGCACUGAGCCGCUGAAUUUCAUCAUCGCUUUUAUCAAUACAAUCAUCGUAGCUACCAUGUCGAUCACGUCGCGCACAGGGCAGCCCAGUGCCGCACAAGAACAUGUAAUCAAGCAGCUGCCAACAUCACUAGAAGCUGCACUUCGCAGGUUCCAGAUUGACCCUUCGACCACCAUCUACGCGAAGAACCCUCAUAUCCAGAGACGUGCCAGGGAUAUGUGUAUCCGCAGAAAGGUCAACGACAAGGUUAUGCGCCCAAUCAAACCCUUCGUAUUCACAUCGUUUGUCGACUUCAUUGCGGGCACAAUGUCCGAUCCUGAACUGGAGAGGAUGUGCCAACAAACGUGUGACAUCGCGUUCGCUGCAGUGCAGAAGGCCCUCACGGAAGAUCCUAUAAAACCUGUCUCAGAAGAGUAUGUGAACAAUGUAUUCGAAGCCGAGUUCCUGCGUACAUUCAAGGGGCCUGUUCCUGAUGAGCUGUUCAUCCAGUGCAACGGUCGCUUGAGGCUCGCAUUCCAGGUUAUGCUGGACUUCUUCAAUCCAAACGGCACCCGAAAGCGCGGCAAUCACAACUCCAUCAGGAUUCUGGCUGUUGUUAAUCUGAACCUUACUGAAGACAUCGGCUAUCGCCCGGAAAACAUGUGGCUGAGUAUCAUUCUUGGGCCCAGCGAGCCUAACCACGACCAAAUUGACAACUAUUUUCGCCCUCUCAUUGACCAGUUUGUCAUUGGAUGGGAGCGGGGGUUCCGCUUGAGCUGUACUGCCCUCCAUCCUGGUGGGCGUUGCAUUGAUCUCGCGCUUGUCAUCAACGUAAAUGAUCUCCCAGCCACACGAAAAGCGCAGGGCAUGGCCGCUCACAACUCUCACCAUUACUGCUCGGUUUGUGAGUGUGUAGGGGUCAGCACAAUGCAUAACACAGACUUUGAGACAUGGAAACGGCGAGACGUUGCCACCCUCCGUACGCAGGCAUACAAGUGGCGAGAGGCAAGAACCCAGGCUGCUCGCGACAAGAUUUUCGAGACGUAUGGGGUCCGCUGGUCCGAAUUCUGGCGUUUACCGUACUGGGAUCCAACACGAAUGGCUGUCGUGGACUCGAUGCAUUGCAUACUGGAGGGAUUAGUGCACUAUCACUGUCGCAAGGUCUUACGCAUUGACACCAAACUAGCUGAGCGCAAAGAAACAAUGGGUGCUGCCUUCGACUAUGCGUGGCCCAAAUACAACGAGGCAUUAGCACCGGCUGCCUGCGUAUUGAAGAAUGAGAAACGUGAAUUGCCUAUGAUUCGUGCUAUCCAAAGAAAGCUAUCCCAGCCCAUUCUUUCGGACGAAGAUGAGGAUCCGGAAGACGAAGACGUUGAGAUGGCGGGUGUUGAUGACCCCCUGGAGAUGCUUGAUGUUGCUGAUCCCCGAUAUAUUCCGGCGCUCACUCAUAAGGAAAUGACCGAACACCUGAUGAGAUUCAAUCUGCAACCGCUUCGUUGGGUUGUUUGGGCGCUUGGUCUUGAUAUGACUUGCCUCGCCCAGCGAUUGACAAGUGAAACAUUUGUCCCCCGGCCAAUCAAUCUCAACAACAUCUACUUCAUACAGCGGGUCAUUGCACUGACAACAGUGCCGUCUUUUGUCGGCUCUGUCCCCCACAAUUACGGUGACGCCAAUGCCGGGACCAUCAAAGCUGCUGAGUGGCGUGUUCUAUCCACCAUCUACCUUCCCAUUGCUCUUGUGCUGCUUUGGGGUGAUUACGAACCAUCACAGCAGCCUACGAGGCAUCGAGAGAUGCUCGAUCACACCAUGUCCCUGUUUUGCUCAGUCAUUCUGGUGUGUCGCUAUACCAUGUCUGCCGCCCGUGCAUCACAAUAUCGUGCAUUUCUCAAGAACUGGGCUGAUGGUCUUUAUCAUAACCACCCGCAUACUCAAUCUCACGCUUUGCGCCCCAACAUGCACAUGGCGUUUCACAUCUAUGACUUCCUUCUCCUCUUCGGUCCUGUGACCUCUUGGUGGACUUUCCCAUUUGAGCGUGUCAUCGGUUACCUCCAGAAGAUCAACACUAACAAUCACAUUGGGGGUGACCUUGAAGCCACAUUGUCCAGGUCCUUCAUGCGGGGAGGCAACAUUUGA